GAUCACGUGGUUCAUUCUCGUCGAACUAGUGACGUCACUGCCACCCGUUCACUAGUGAGUAGAGAGCAGGCAGACAGCGGUCUAGGACUGAACGCAUCCUCCCUAUAAGGACUUUCUCCUCUGUGUUAGCGGUGGUCUCUGGGGCCUUAUUUCUAUUGGAGCAUAAUGGGAGAGCUAUUCCGUAGUGAGGAGAUGACCCUAGCCCAGCUCUUCCUGCAGUCUGAGGCUGCAUAUUGUUGUGUCAGUGAAUUGGGGGAGCUGGGAAUGGUACAGUUCAGAGAUCUCAACCCCGAUGUGAAUGUGUUCCAGAGGAAGUUUGUGAAUGAAGUGAGGCGCUGUGAGGAGAUGGAUAGAAAACUGCGGUUUGUGGAGAAGGAGAUUAAGAAAGCUAACAUCCCCACUGUGGACACUGGUGAAAAUCCAGAAGUACCAUUUCCACGAGACAUGAUCGAUCUUGAGGCAACUUUUGAGAAGCUGGAGAAUGAACUGAAGGAAAUCAACACCAACCAAGAGGCCCUGAAAAAGAAUUUCCUGGAGCUGACUGAGUUAAAACACAUCCUAAGACGUACCCAGCAGUUCUUUGAUGAGAUGGAAGACCCCAACCUGCUGGAGGAGACUUCAUCUCUGUUGGAUCCCAGUGAGGCUGGAAGAGGGGCCCCACUGCGGCUUGGGUUUGUUGCUGGUGUAAUAAGCCGUGAACGGAUACCCACUUUUGAGCGGAUGCUUUGGAGGGUUUGUCGUGGUAAUGUGUUUUUACGACUGGCUGAGAUUGAGGACCCCCUUGAGGACCCCACAACAGGAGAUCAAGUUCAUAAGUCAGUGUUUAUCAUCUUUUUCCAAGGGGACCAACUCAAAAACCGUGUGAAGAAGAUCUGCGAGGGGUUCCGUGCAUCCCUGUACCCUUGUCCUGAAACCCCACAGGAGAGGAAGGAGAUGGCAUCUGGUGUCAGCACCCGCAUUGAUGACCUGCAGAUGGUGCUGAAUCAAACUGAGGAUCAUCGACAGAGAGUUCUUCAGGCUGCUGCUAAAACUCUGCGUGUGUGGUUCAUCAAAGUGAGGAAGAUGAAAGCCAUCUAUCACACACUGAACCUCUGCAACAUUGAUGUCACUCAGAAAUGUUUGAUUGCAGAAGUGUGGUGCCCUGUCUCUGACCUGGACUCUAUACAGUUUGCCUUGCGGAGGGGCACGGAGAGGAGUGGAUCUACUGUUCCUUCCAUCUUGAAUAGAAUGCAGACCAAACAGACUCCACCCACCUACAACAAGACAAACAAAUUCACCUCUGGCUUCCAGAACAUUGUGGAUGCUUAUGGAAUAGGAACCUACAGAGAGAUUAACCCAGCACCCUACACCAUCAUCACCUUUCCUUUUCUGUUUGCUGUGAUGUUUGGGGACAUGGGUCAUGGUGUGCUGAUGACCUGUGCCGCCCUCUACCUUGUCAUCAGAGAGAGUCGUCUACUUGCACAAAAGCGUGACAAUGAGAUGUUUAACAUGGUGUUUGCAGGCCGGUAUAUAAUCCUUUUAAUGGGCAUAUUUUCCAUCUACACUGGAAUGAUCUACAAUGACUGCUUCUCCAAAUCGCUCAACAUGUUUGGCUCUGGGUGGAGCAUCAAGCCCAUGUUUGGCUCCAAAGGAGGAAACUGGUCAUUUGAGACACUUGAUGGAAAUCCAGUAUUGCAACUUGACCCAGUUGUACCAGGAGUAUUUGGUGGGCCAUAUCCCCUGGGUAUUGACCCAAUCUGGAACAUUGCCACAAACAAGUUAACCUUCCUGAACUCAUUUAAAAUGAAGAUGUCAGUCAUUCUAGGGGUGAUUCACAUGUUAUUUGGAGUCACUCUUUCUCUCAUCAAUCAUCUGUACUUUAAGAAGCCUCUGAACAUCUUCCUAGGAUUUAUCCCUGAAGUUGUGUUCAUGAGCUGCCUGUUUGGGUAUCUGAUCUUGCUGAUCUUCUAUAAGUGGACAGCUUAUGAUGGAACCACUUCUAAAGAUGCUCCAAGCCUCCUUAUUGCCUUUAUCAACAUGUGUCUGUUUAACUACAACGAUCCGACUAAUAAAGCUCUGUACAGAGGACAGAUGAGUAUCCAGUGUCUGUUGGUGGUUAUUGCUAUGAGCUGUGUUCCCUGUAUGUUGGUGGUGAAGACCAUGGUUCUACGUCGUCAGCAUCUGUGGAAAAAGCACUUGUCCCAGAUGAGGGAGGCAAGCCCUGCUCAGAAAGUAGAAACUUUAGAGCAAGCAGGCACCAGCUCAUCCACCGGACUCACUCAACAGGGCACACAGAAGUUUGGGGGAGUCCGGGUCGGGAAUGGACCCACUGAGGAUGAAGCUGAGAUCAUUGAGCACGACCAGCUAUCCCAGCAUUCUGAUGACGCAGAUGAGCACUCGGAAGAAGAACCGUUUAACUUUGGGGAUGUAGCAGUCCACCAGGCCAUCCACACCAUUGAAUACUGUCUUGGUUGUAUUUCUAACACUGCCUCCUACUUGCGUCUCUGGGCCCUUAGCCUGGCGCAUGCACAACUGUCGGAGGUGCUAUGGGGAAUGGUGAUGCACAUGGGCCUGGCCUCCACGAGUGGUGGUGGAUUCUUUGGCUUGUCUAUUAUUUUCCCAGCCUUUGCCACACUUACAGUGUGUAUUCUACUUGUCAUGGAGGGCCUGUCUGCAUUCCUACAUGCUCUGCGACUGCACUGGGUGGAAUUCCAGAACAAGUUCUACACAGGUCAAGGCUUCAAGUUUGUGCCCUUCUCAUUUGACAGCAUCCUGGAGGGCCGCUUCGAAGAGUAAAACCACUGUUCACACUCCCGACAGACUGCAAGCCUUCAUAGCAUUCCCUUUUGCAUGGAUCUCAUCCUUAUAUUCCUAUAUCAAGAGAGCUUUUCUUGUGAAUUGUGUGUAAGCUGUAACCUUCGAUUUUCCAAAUGGCCACUAGAAAACUAUUGUGUUGGGUAUUUUAUGUCAUGUUCUUAGCAGAUUUACAUUAAUUGUUUCUGGAAACAUCAGUGUUCAGUGUUUAUCUCAGACCCUUGAGUAAAAUAUGUGCGAUGUGUGAUAUUAUUAAGCACAGUGACAGCAGAAGAUCUAAUGUUGCUAAUAUUAUGAACUACAAUAUUUUGACAUCAUAUCUUGGGGCCAUAAUCAGACUCAGUGGUUUAAGUGCAAAAGUUAAGAGACAAGUGCUGCAACAGCUUUAAAUCGAUUUUCUGGGCUCCCUCUUCAGAAUAUUAAAAUCAUCUGCAUGUAGUUCACACCUCUGAGCCAAAUAUUUCUUGAGUAGUGGUGUCCAAGACAAGACAGGGUUUUUCCAGUAGUGUCCUGACCACCACAAUUAAAUGCAAGCACUCGCAAGAAAUCAUGGUGUGUGUGUGUGUGUGGCGGAGGGGGA